UUUCUGAACAAAAUUGAAAGUUGAAUCAGGUUGCCAAUAGUGGAUGGGCCCGAUCAAGGCCCUAUCUGUCAACUUCUUCUUAGUACUGAUCCCUUUUGUUGUGCAGGCGUGCCACUAUUGAGGAUAAAAUCAGCUCAAUAGAUCUGGUGUGGAUAUGAAUGAUUGAUGCUAAUGGAGUUUGCGCCUUAUGUAAGAUAGUUUAUUAUCACAAUCCUUACAAAAUUGGUCUUCUAUUUAUUAUCGGAUUGCAAGACUCAAGACUGAUCAAGAAUUCAACACAACUCUCGACCUGCAGCCUCUGUGUCAAUGUUCCAUAUGGAUUACAAGGCUAAAGGGGUUUCCAGUUCUAUAAGAAUUAGGAUUAACAGUUCUAUAGCAAUAAGGAUACCUCAAGGAGUCACUUGAUGAGCAAGACUCCUUGAAGUGUUGCAUAUAAAUAGAGCAGCUCCCUCUAAGAGCCGACACACACAAACAUCUCAUCAAGUAAUUCACCCCAUCUAGAAUUUGAGAAUAAGGCAGUCGGUUAUCUUAGAGAAGAGUUGUCUCGCAAGUGUUCGAUAAAAGACUUCAAUGGCAGAACAAGUUAAUCACAACUCGAUUGAAACUCUCAUUGGCUCCAACUGCACCAAAUGGAGGGAAGAUGUGGAAAUUUCUCUAGGUCUGCUGGACUAUGAGAUGGCUAUUGAAGCAGAUGCUCCUGCAGUACCUGAUGCAGAUGCAUCUGCUGGAGCAAAAGAAAAAUAUGCCAAAUGGGUUAAGGCAAACAAAAUGGCUAUUCUAAUCAUGAGAAGGUCAAUUUCACCAUCUGUCAAGGGAAGCAUUACAUCAUGUGAUAAUGCCAAGAAGUUCAUUGAUUCUAUUGGGGAGAAGUUUCAGGAAUCAGAAAAGGCUGAGAUUGGAACUCUAAUGGGACAGCUUACUGAUACAAAAUACAAUGGGGAAAGAUGUGUGAGAACACACAUACUGAACAUGCUGGAAAUUGGGAACAAACUGAAGGCACUCAAAGUCAAUAUGGAUGAAACUAUGACGGUGCAUUUUUCUAUAAACUCUCUGCCUAGUACUUUCAAGCAUCUUAGAAGCACAUAUGUAGCUCAAAAGGAGAAGUGGACAGUAACUGACCUCAUAAGCAUUUGUGUGCAGGAAGAACAAAAUAUGAAGAAAGAUAAGGCUGAAGAAAAGAUUAAUAUGGUUCAAAACAGCUUCAGAAGGGAUUUUGGAAAAGGCAAAAUCGUUGGAAAGAAAAACAAUGAAGAAAAGGAGACUAAAGGACUGAAACCAGAAGGACUCAAGUGUUACUUCUGCAAGAAGUUUGGUCGUAUGAAGAGGAAUUGUGACAGGUACAAGCGUUGGUUGGAUAAGCAAAAGGCUAAAGAGGUUCAAAACAAAGAGGCUGCCAAGCAAGGCUAAGAUGAAGGUGUUCGUAGGAAAUGGAGAAAGAGUCAAGGUGGAGUACAUUGGAUUUUCUAGGAUCAAGUUGGAGUCUGGUUUUAUUUUGGAGUUAGUAGAUGUAGUUUAUAUUCCUUCUAUGAAAAGGAAUCUUAUUUCAGUUAGUAAGCUUGUAAUAUCAAACUUACAGUUUGAGUUUGAUGAGUCUGGAUUCUCCAUUUUCAGAAAUAAAGUUCUGAUUG